GUGACAACUUUUUAAAAUGUUGAUGGACCAUGGGAAACAAUUCUGUAGGAGUUGAGAAAACAAGUGUGAGGAAACUGAACCACGAGUAAGGAAGAUUAGACGGUAUGCUUGCUGGACAGACGGAGGAGGUUGUUGAGAUACUCUUCACCAUGAACGAGAACCGGUCAGUCACACUGACCGCGUCAAACUACACGAGCGUGACCUCUGACCUGGUGACCAGCACUUCCGCCCUGCCCCCCUACAACACGACGGAUGAGCUGCACGCGAUCCUGUACGAGCUGAGCCAGGAGCGCGCGCUCUACAACAUUCCCGCCAUGAUCUUCGUCUGCCUGCUCAUGUUUCUGGGCGUGGUCGGCAACAGCUUGGUGGUUUACGUAUACAGCAGCCGCUUCAAGAAAACCUCGUCUAACUACUUCAUCCUGACCAUGGCCGUCUUUGAUCUGAUUGCCUGCGCUAUCGGCAUGCCGACGGAGAUCUACGAUCUCAACAACCCUUACACGUUUUACAGCGUAGCCGGGUGUAAAAUUCUACGCGGGUGUGAAGUCUUCAACGUCUACGGUUCAGCUAUUGUACUUGUGGAGAUCGCGUUCGACCGGUAUUUCAAAAUCUGCCGGCCGCUGAUGAUGGUGAAUUUGUCUCGUAUUCGAGUGCAGUGCGGUCUUGCUGUGGUGCUGGCUGCGGCGAUGUCGGUCAGCGCUUUUUUUCUGUUCGGCAUUGACCGGAACCACACCCCCAUCCCGGGGGUGUACGGGUUCGACUGUUCGAUCUCGGAAACGUACAAGUCGUCGACGUUUCAACUUGUUUACUAUUUCGUGCUCGGCGCUCUGUUUUUGAUCACGCUUGUCGUGUUGAUUGGUCUGUACAUCCGCAUCUGGCUAGAGAUUCGAUGCCGGCGGAGGCUCGUCAACGGGGAGCAGAUCCCCAGGGAGAAAGACACGGACUCCAAAAAACGGAUCCGCAUUAAGUACCUCCCCAGCAUGAGCGAGGACGAGUCCCUCAACAACGCCGUCAGCCACCACGGCAACAACAUCUCCAUGAUGGAGCUCCAGAAAUCCAGCGGCAAAUCCGUCACCACGCAGACAUCCGUCGACCGCCGCAGCAAGCUUCAAUCCCUGGCCAGGUACGCCUCGCGCCUCAAGGUCACUCGCACCACGGUCGUCUUAUUCGCCGUGACGGUGGCGUUCGUGCUGAGCUACCUGCCGUCCACUGCCGUCAUGGUUGUGCGCAGCACCGUCAAAGACUUCGAUAAAAACCAGUCGGCCGCGACGCAGAUUUUCAUCAAGAUCUUCUCCAACUGCAUGUUCAUCAACAACGCCAUCAACCCGAUCAUCUACAGCUUUUUCAACAUCCACUUCCGGCGACAGGUGACCAAGACGGUGCAGCGAGUGUUCUGCUGUUUCCCCAGAAGGCGCCACCCGCCCCAGAAGGUGGAUUCAGACCGGAGCACCAAGAAGGAAUUUCUGCCCAGUGACUGACUAGCGUGGUGCGGCCGUGCGGCUAGAAAAUGACGGCCACAUGGUCAGGACAUGACAGGCCACGUGAUCACGACAUGACAAGCCAUGUGAUCACGACAUGACAGGC